CCAGAUGAGUGGCCAGAUUGCAAGGACGGGGGGGACACCGAUUCACAGGCCACGAGGUGCUGCUGCGUAGGGCAGAGGACGGACCAAUUGCAUUGGUGCCGCAGCUCCCUGCGCUUCUCCCUCCCGCUGCUCCUCUCAACUUCCUAGCUAUUCCCCCUGUCCCGUACUAAAUGCCUCCCUUCUUCUCCUACACCACCCUCCCCUACCAGCUCACGGAGGACCCUUAUCCCAUGCGGAAGUUCUCGGAGUAUUUAGUGGAGCUAACUGACGUGGAGCCGCUGCCUUUCGCCGACGAAGACGCGUGGGAGUUGCACCGGGCGCUGUACAAGUCGGUGACGUUGGAGAUGUUCCGGUUCUUCGUGGAGCACGAAGACCACUGCACCAGGGAGCACUUUGUCGUCUACUACGUCAUCACGCGGCCCAAGCCAGCGGAGAAGGAAGGGACGGUCGCGCUGUACCCAUUCGCCCAGCUCCAGACGAUCGAUCCGGGAUUGUUGGAGCUCAUACACCUUGAGCUCCUCUCCAUUGCGCAGGUGAUCGUGAGCGAGGAGGAGGAGAUCCAAUCGCGGUUGCGGACGGCGACGGCCCCACGGAGAACGUACAACGCGGUCGUCAUCCCGGAUUACAUUGCGCAGGGCACGGAGAGAUUGGAGGACUUCCCGGAGGAAAGGCCGUUGCGGCCUCCAUCGUCGUAUCCCCGACCGGCGCCACCGAAGGCCGCCAAGAAGACGCCGAAGAGGAAGAGGCGCCACCCAUCGCCAGGGGCGCAAGGCAGCAGGAUCGGCGGCGGCGAGGAGGUGAUUCAGACCCCCCGUCCUCGCAGGACCUCUUUGUUCCCGCCAGCCACCCCGGGGUGCCCCGGUCAUUGACAUUAGUAGUUCAUUUGAGC